AUGACAGAAAGUGAUACAGUAGUACCACUCUAUGCUGCACUGAUCAAACUACAGCUGGAACAUUGUGUCCAGUUCUGGUUACCACAGUACCAAAAGACAUUGCUGAGGAACUGGAGAAAGGCAACAGAGAAGGGCAACAGAGAUGCAUUUGCUCCAGCUUUAAAACCAGGAUUUUGGAAGAUUCCCCAGAAAUGGAGAAAGACAAAUGAUUCCAUUGCUUAUACUCUGACAAGAGGCGAGUGUCUAGAUUUGGAAACCAGUGAUUCUUGCAUCUCAGCACUAUUAGGAACUAAGGAGGACGGUGGUGAAUCCUGCUCGGUUCCAGAUAAUUGCAGCCGCGUCAUGACAGAAACCCACUGCUCUGGUUAUGAACUGUCCCAUCAACUCUUUUAUUUUCUGUUUGCCAAGAUGAAAGGAUGCUCUAACCCUCUGUUCCACAAUGCCCGCUACUAUAAAAGCUUGUUUUGUCAUUUGAUGAUGCAAACCAAUCGCAAUCUCGAAAAGAUGGAACUUAGGAACAAUUUUGCAGACAUCUUUACAGAAAAUAUUAUGUUCUGUGGGCUAGCUGGAUUCUCGGAUUUUUUCAAAACUUCCUGGCGUGACUUCAUUCUCAGCAGGCAGAAACAGGAUGAAGGAUGUUUCUGGAUGUACAGUUCUUCCAACAGGAACGAAGAUCGGGUCCAAGUGGCAAAAAGGUCUAAGAGAUCAGAGAAAAUCGUUGAAGGUGACUGCUCUUCCCAUAACACUGCUGUGGCUAUUGGAGCACUUGCCGGGUUCCUCUACUACAGCUUCUGA